CUUAGCUGGUCACACUGAUACUGCUGCCCUUUGAUUUUUUUUUGUCGUGGAAUACUCAUCCAAAGGUUAACUAAAGAUGCAGCCGGCUUUGAAGACUGUCAACGCCACGGGAAAACACACCGCCUCCGUGAUCUUUUUCCACGGAUCCGGCGACACCGGUCCCAAUGUACUGGAGUGGGUGCGCUUCCUGCUCGGUCGCAACUUAGAGUACCCGCACAUAAAGAUCCUCUAUCCGACGGCUCCCCUGCAGAAGUACACCCCGAUAGACGGGGAGCUGUCCAACGUUUGGUUUGACCGCAGGUCCGUGAACAUUGCCGCCUCGGAGAGCAAGAAAAGCUUGUCACAGUGCUACGAUGCGGUCAACCAGCUAAUUGACGAUGAGGUGUCCAGUGGAAUCCCGCUGAACAGGAUCAUCGUGGGCGGGUUCUCCAUGGGCGGAGCCGUCGCCCUGCACACGGCCUACCAUUUGAGGCCCAGCUUAGCAGGUGUAUUCGCGCACUCCUCGUUCCUGAAUCGCGGUUCUGUUGUCUACGAUUCUCUGGAGAGUGGUAAAGCUGGUGCCCUUCCAGAGCUGCGAAUGUUCCACGGAGAACGGGAUACUCUAGUGCCAAAAGACUGGGGCGUGGAAACCUUCGAAAACCUCAAAAAACUAGGCGUCAAGGGAACAUUCCACCCACUAAGAAACACCCUGCACGAACUGAAAACCGCCUCCCUCAAGGAUCUUGAGCAAUGGAUACAGGAAAAACUGCCACCGCUGGAAAACCCAGUGCAAAAUAAACUCUGAGUGUGUUUGGCAUAAAACCAGUGCAAGUUGGAGCAGCGCAGAGGCAAGUCUUUCCGUCAUUUACCCUUUUGUACUGCCCCUCUCCGCCGUAAUGAAAGCACAACUCUUCCCUGGCCGGAAUAUCUCGUGCUGCAAAUAUGCCUAGGUACAUAGAUACAUCAAUUCCAGGAAUCGGAGUGCAACCAGCAAUAAAACUCACCUAUUUUCGGUA